AUGGACCAGGACGGUCACUCCCAACAACAGUCUUCGCCGACUGGCGGCGCACCUUCGUCGAGGAGCUCAGCCUCAACAACGUCCCGCGGCAAUCAGCGCGGCAAAGGACGUCGCGGACGGAACCAGGCCGAUUCGCGCACUGAGCGCGGUGGAAGGGGAGGCAGGUUAUCGAACCUGGUGUCUCGUGGAAAGUCGGCGCAUCCCUCGGGCGACGUACAAGCAGGCGCAGGUGGCGCCUCGCAGCGACCGCAAGCUGCAGCCUCUGUCGCAGGAGGGUCUUCGGCGAGCAGCCCUCAAUCCCUCCCCUCAAUACGCCGUACGAUGAAUUCCACAAGCUCAGCAGCGCUUGCACAUGCCUCCGCCUCGCAGUCUCGUCGCUUCUCUGCCUCUGCCGCGACAGAAAUGUUGCUACCUUCCGAUCCUCUCUCGGCGGAUCCGCCUCCAACGCUUGCUCUCGUCUCUCGCGAACCUCGCACAGCUGACCACUCACUCACCGAACGCAUCGAGCGCCUUGAAGCUUCCGACGGAAUCACCCUGUCGCGCCUUGAAGCCUUCGAGCAGACCAUUCCGUCACGCCUUCGUGCUAUUGAGCAGGCUCUACAGCGCGAGGUCGAACAGCAAUGCCGUGUGAUCGAACGGCCAAGUCAGCGCGUUGAAGACCUGGUGGCGGAUCUGGUGGCGCGAGUUACAGAGCCAAUCAACAGGCUGGGGGAGCGCAUUUCCGCGCUGUCCGAGGACGUCGCGGCGUAA